AUGCUCGAAGCCUCCACAUCGUACCAACGAGCAUACUCAAGAGUCUCUUCAUCAGGGAUGAUUGUGCCCACCUUGUUCGGCGACUGCUCGGCUGUGCAUGAUGUCUGGGCCGAGACAGCUCAGGACGCAUUUGUAGAUAUUACCGCACUUCUGCAUAGAGAUUCUGAAGUGGACUACAUGAUCGGGAUUGAUUUAGAGUUUGCAAUUCCCGACGGCGUGGUCUCUCUGGGUAGGGAGCCACCAUCAGCCAACGUACACUACGAAGAGCUAUGUAAGACGGUCAAUGGUGGCAAUCUGGUCCAAGUUGGUUUUGCCGCCGCGGAUGCAAAUUUCAAUGUCUUAGGUGUCUGGCAGUUUAACCUUCAGUUUCAGAGUGCAUGGCGUGCGCCGUGGCACGCUGGCGUCGCCUUCCUCCGGGACGAAGCCAAGCUGAAUCUGGAGGAGCAUGCUAGCCACGGGAUACCCGCAGCCCAGUUUAUUGAUUGGCUCGCGAGCUCUGCAAUGAUCAGGAACCCAAAAAUCACUUGGAUUAGCUUUAUGGGAUACCCCGACUUCGGGUUCCUAAUUCGGCUGCUAACAAGGCAAGAGGCUUUGCCCGUAGACCGUGUGCAGUUUCUCAAUCUUUUCUGGGAGCUCUUCCCACGGUCAUUCGACGUGCGAGUGUUCACCAAGCUUGGGCGCUGCCGGAAGGAGGUCAUCCAUGGUGGACUGGCCACGGUAUGCAAGACGCUACAGGUGGAACGAGUCGGGGAUGCCCAUCAUGCUGGGUCCGAUGCACUAUUAGCUGUUCGAUGCUUCCAUAAGAUGAUGACAGACAGUUCUGAUUUCGUGACACAGAUCCCGAGUCCUGUAAAGACUCACAUUACUGACCUGUGGGUGCCAAAUUAG